CGCAGUAAGACUGCCAUCGCUCGAGGCUAUGUGGUCCUGCAGACGCAAUGAUUUCAAUCCGAUUUCAGCGUCGAGCUAUCCGCGUCGCGAGGGAAAUGUCAGCGCCAGAGGGGUCUCGCGAGAUUCGAUGACGCAUGCUUCGUGGCCAUCGUUCGUCUCAUCCUUUCCUCGAUCUUUUGUCCUCUCAACCUUCAAGUGACUGUUGAUCGACCUAUCGUGUACGCUUUGUGACAGCCUCGAUCUCUGAAAUCAUGGUGUUCUUCACUUCUGCCCUCGCUUUGGUGUCUCUUGCGAGCACGUUCGUCGGUGGCUUGCCUACUACAACGGGCGUGACGACGACCACCAACCAUCUCGCCAAACGAAGCUGGGAUACAGUGCUGACCGUUCAAGAUGGCGGCCAUACACCUUACGUACUCAAAUUUAACAUCGGCAUCGUUUAUCAGGCAGAUAGCGACUACGGCGGCUACCUGCAGGUCACACCGCCCAACGUCGGUCAAGUCCACACUACCGGUUUUGGUACCAGCACGUCUGAUGGUGACUCAUACCAAGCCUUGACAUUCGUCAACCCCGUCUCGCCAACCGAAUACGUUUACAUCGAUGUUCGCGUCUACUACUCGGCAGGCGCGACGACGUCGAAUGUGAUCGGCUGGCAGAUGCUCGGCUCGUGGAUGCACGGCCAUCGUCUUGAUUUCACGAGCAAGGUGGACACCGCGUCGUUCGUUGUUGGUGGCACGAGUAUCGUCUCGCACACCUAGCUAGACAACUAGCUCGCAGCUCAACGAGCGAGGCAACAAGAAGCGUGUGGAUAUACGCGCUACUCCCGUUCUGUCGUUUAGUGAACGAAAGGUCCAAUGCAGCUCAGGACGAUCGCGCAAAUCAUAUUGCAUACUGUCUGACAGUGACAG